AUGGCGGCGAGUGGUAGCGAGAGAGUAGCGGUGGAGUUGUGUAAAGGCAUCAACGGCCUUGAUAAGGUUGUCCUCGGCGAACCACGUGGCGCUUCUGCUGAGGUGUAUUUGUAUGGGGGUCAUGUGACAUCCUGGAAGAAUGACCAUGGGGAGGAGUUGCUUUUUGUCAGCAGUAAGGCAAUAUUCAAACCUCCGAAGGCAAUUCGUGGAGGCAUUCCGAUAUGCUUUCCUCAAUUCGGAAGUCAUGGUUCUCUCGAGCAGCAUGGAUUUGCCAGGAAUAGGUUUUGGAGCAUUGAUACUGACCCACCUCCAUUUCCCACAAAUUCUAAGUCCUUUAUUGAUUUGAUCCUUAAGCCGUCUGAAGAGGAUAUGCAGAAGUGGCCUCACAGUUAUGAGUUCCGUUUGAGGGUAGCUUUGGGACCUGGAGGAGAUCUGAUGCUGACAUCUCGCAUUAGGAAUACCAAUGCUGAUGGAAAGCCAUUUACAUUCACAUUUGCUUAUCACACUUAUUUCUCUGUCUCAGACAUCAGUGAAGUGCGGGUUGAAGGUUUAGAGACACUGGAUUAUCUUGACAACUUGCAGAAUAAGGAGCGCUUUACUGAACAAGGGGAUGCCCUAACAUUUGAAUCAGAAGUUGACAAAAUAUAUCUCAGCACUCCUACUAAGAUUGCAAUUCUGGAUCAUGAAAAGAAGAGAACCUUUGUAUUACGCAAAGAUGGACUUCCGGAUGCUGUGGUGUGGAAUCCUUGGGAUAAGAAGGCAAAGACUAUGGCUGAUUUUGGAGAUGAUGAGUACAAGCAUAUGCUGUGUGUGGAGGCUGCCGCUGUUGAAAAACCCAUCACGCUAAAACCUGGUGAGGAGUGGAAAGGAAGACUGGAACUUUCCACUGUUCCUUCCAGCUAUUGUAGCGGGCAACUUGAUCCGCAGAAAGUUCUUCAGAGCAGCUAG